AUGACGAUUAUAUUACCAGUAAUAAGUUAUUAUGUAGACGAGGUUAUUUUGGAUUAUCUAGUGAACAGUAAUCAAUCUGAAAUUUUCACUGAUAAUAACAGUGUGAUCCUCGACCUCAACCAAAAUAAUCAUAUCGACAACAACAACAACAAUAAGACUGUCAACGAUGAAAUUGACGAAUUUAAGGAAAUUGAGAAUUGGGCGGAGGAGCCGUGGUCCAACUGUAUUGAUGUUGAUGUUCCAGAAUGGGCUAAGAUUGAGGGUCCAGUAUUGGAAGAUAAUGAGAAGGAUUUGGUGUGGGCAGACGACCCCUGGAUACAGACCCCUCUCGUUGACAUCCCUCCGUGGAUGAUGCUUCCGGGGAUCGAUUUUAAUUUGGAUGCUUUUCCUUGGAAAACUGAAGUGGGCAUGGACGACGAUAAUAUUGAAGAUCUGAUCGAGUCAAACACAACCAUCAACAACUGGUCCGAUGAAUUUUAUUUUCAAGCACCUCUUGAUGUUCCCAAUUGGGCUCUCUUACCAGGGAUAGAUUAUCCAAGCCAAACUAAAAAUAGUCCGUACUGGCAGUACAAAUUAAACAAUUAUCAUAAAAUAAAAGAUAAUUUUAGACAAAAAGUCUUCAAAGAACAGUUGAGAUGUAUAGCAGAGGAAAUAUUUAUGUAG